GCUGGUGACGUCACCUCUGUUGGCCGUGACGUCACUCCUGCGGUCGAUAUAAGGGCGGUGACGUCGGCCCGCUGUAACUCAGUGCGGGCCCUGGAGCGACCGGGUCCGGUUCUCCGUGUACGGGUUAUCAGCUGAGCGGCAGUCAGCUGGCGGCGACGAGAAGUCACCCCAGCGACUCGACGGUAGAGGGGAACGGUGUUCGGCUCGACGUGAUCGCCGUGACGCCAUGGCGGCACCCAAGGGAAGGAUGGUGAGCUUCACCAUCGACGGACAACAACAUCAAGUGAGCGUGGGAGCCGCGUCGGACGGCUCGACGGCGGCGGUGACGGCGUCCACCUCGCUGGCCGACUACCUGCGCGACCAGUGCGGCCUGCGCGGCACCAAAGUCAUGUGCCGCGGCGGCAUGUGCGGCGCGUGCGUGGUGACGGCGCGCGUCACCGACCCGGCCACCGGCCAGACGGAGGUGCGCGCCGUCAACUCGUGUCUGGCGCCCGUGCACAACUGCCAGGGCUGGCAGAUCGAGACCGUGCAGGCCAUCGGCGACCGCAAGGCCGGCUACCACCCGGCCCAGUCGCGGCUGGCACAGAUGAACGGCACCCAGUGCGGCUACUGCAGCCCAGGAAUGGUCAUGUCCAUGUACAGUCUGCUGGAGUCUGGCGAGGCAGUGACUCCCCAGUCGGUCGAGCAACACCUGGACGGUAACUUGUGCCGCUGCACCGGCUACCGUCCCAUCCUGGCCGCCUUCAAAACUUUCGUCCCGGAUGCCGACGAAAAGACUCAACAGAUCAUCAAGGACAUCGAGGAUGUGGCUCCCUCGGGCUCCAAGGCGGGCUCGUGCGCCAAGAAGUGCUCGGGCGGCGGCGGCGGCGGCUGCGUCGGCUGCCCGCGCACCGCUCGCCUGGCGUCGGACGGCGCCGAGAAGUGGUCGUACCCGACCAGCCUGGCUGAGCUGUGCGCCAUCAUCAAAGCCAACCCGGCCGACAAGACGCUCAAGCUGGUCCGAGGCAACACGGGAACAGGUGUUUACCACGACGCCGGCCAGCCGGACGGCUACGUCUCGCUGCUGAAGGUGCCCGAGCUGAGUCAGGUGACCCAGACCGCCUCCGCGCUGACGCUGGGCGCCGCCGUCUCCCUCUCUCGCGUCAUCGAGGAGUUCCAGAAGCUGUCCUCCACGGCCGGCUUCGGCCACUUCUCCGACAUGGCCUCCCACCUGCUGCUGGUGGCCAACACGCCCGUCCGAAACGCCGGCAGCUGGGCCGGCAACCUGAUGCUGAAGCAGACGCACGGCGACUUCCCGUCUGACGUGUUCCUGCUGCUGGCGGCCGCCGGCGGCCGGCUCCAGAUCGCCGACGAGGACGCCGCCACCACGGAGAUCUCCGUGGAGCAGCUUCUCUCCGAGGACAUGGCCCGCAAGGUGAUCGUGUCAGUCACGCUGCCUACCCUGGACGAGACCAAAUACGUCUUCAAGUCGUACAAGAUCACGCCCCGCGCCAUCAGUGCUCACGCCUAUGUGAACGCUGCCUUCGUGCUGCCGCUCGACGCCUCGUUCACCGUCGUCGAAAAGCCGACGCUGCUCUUCGGUGGAAUCAGUGCCGACUUUGUACACGCCACCAACACGGAAGCGUUCCUGGAGGGACGUUCGCUGACCGACGAGCAGACGGUGCAGGGCGCGCUGGCCGCUCUUCAGGCCGAGGUGGUACCGACCCCCGACCCGGCAGAGGCCGACCCGGCCUACCGACGCAGCCUGGCCUGCGCACUCCUGUACAAGGUGGUGCUCCGGGUGCUCGGUGACCAGGUGCCGGCCCCUCUGCGCUCCGGGGGAGAGGACCUCACCCACCCGGUCAGCUCGGGCACCCAGCAGUUCGACACGGACCAGACCCUGUGGCCCGUCAACAAGGCUGUGCCCAAGCUGGAGGCGCAGGCGCAGACCUCCGGCGAGGCCAAGUACACCGCCGACGAGCCGGCCGAGCCGGACGAACUGGUGGCCGUCUAUGUGCAGACCACGAUCGCCAACGGCAAGGUGGCCAGCGUGGACACGAGCGCCGCGCUGGCCGUGCCUGGCGUGGCCGGCUACGUGUCUGCCGCCGACAUCGCGGGCGUCAACAACAUCUGCAGCUACGGAGACACCGUCGAGGAGCUGUUCACCUCGGGCCAGGUGCUGUACUACGGCCAGGCAGUGGGUCUGAUCGUGGCCGACACGUACAGCGCCGCCCGUACCGCCGCCGGCCUCGUCAAGAUCACCUACACAGACGUGCAGCCGCCGGUGCUCACCAUCAAGGAAGCACUGAAGAAGCAGGGCGGGUCGGCCCCCGCCGCCCCCGCUGCAAAGACCAACGCCAAACAGGGUGUGCGUCAGGUCAUCGGCGAGUUCAGCAUCGGCGGUCAGUACCACUUCACCAUGGAGACGCAGACGGUGCGCGCCGUGCCGAGGGACGACGACCAGCUGGACCUCUUCAGCGCCACCCAGGACAUGAGGGACGUCAACAAGGUCGUCUCUCAGAUCACCACUCUGCCCAUGCACAAGAUCAACAUGUCUGUGCGCCGACUGGGCGGCGGGUACGGUAGCAAGCUGCAGCACCCGAGCCGCGUGGCCAGCGCCGCCGCCGUGGCCGCGCUGACCGUCAACAAGCCCGUCCGACUGGUGCUCGACAUUAGGACCAACAUGACACUGCUGGGCGGCCGGCUGCCCUACCUGAUCCAGUACCAGGCGGAGGCCGAUGAAACCACCGGCAAGAUCUCCAGCCUGCAGAUCAAGUUCACGGCGGACGCGGGCGCGGUGGGGUACGCGGCUGACGACACAUCCUCGGCGCUGGACACGGUCACCAACGUGUACGAGGCCGAGGGCUGGCAGACGGAGGGGACUGCGGUGCUGACCAACACGGCCUCCAACACGUGGUGCCGCGCGCCAGGAACGGUGCAGGGCGUGUCGGGUAUCGAGUGUGUCAUGGACCACCUGGCUCACGAGCUGGGCAUGGACCCGUGGGCGCUGCGACAGGCCAACUUCUUCGGGCCCGACACCAAGUUCAGGAAGGGCGGCAACCGCGCCACCGACUACGACGUCUUCAUGCAGAUGGUGACGGAGAUGUUCUCCGAGGCCGACAUCGACGCCAGGAAGGCCGAGAUCGCCCAGUUCAACCAGGACAACCGCUGGCGGAAGCGUGCUCUGUCGCUGGUGCCGGUCCGCUGGCCCAUUCUCCUGUUUGCCAGAUAUCCGACCGUGGUCUCCAUCUUCAAAGACGACGGAACGGUGGCAGUGUCCACCGGCGGCGUCGAAAUGGGACAGGGACUCAACACCAAGGUGGCCCAGGUGUGCGCCAAGGUGCUGGGCAUUCCCCUGGAGCUGGUCUCCGUCAAGCCCAACAUGAACAUCAUCAACCCGAACGGAGAUGCUACGGGAGGCAGCGUGGGCAGCGACAUGAGCAGCUUGGCCACCAAGGCAGCCUGCGAGGAGAUGAACGAGCGCUUGGCGCCGUUCAAGGCCGAGGGCAGGGCUUGGGCCGACGUCGUCAAGAGGGCCUUCAACCUCGGCGUCAACCUCACCGCCUACCAUUAUCAGAAGCCGAUCUUGACGCCGUACAACAUCUUCGCGCUGGCUGCCGUGGAGCUGGAGAUGGACGUGCUGACGGGUCAGUACCGGCUGAACCGCACCGACCUCUACGAAGACGCCGGACAGUCGCUCUCGCCGGCCAUCGACAUUGGACAGUGUGAGGGCGCCUUCAUCAUGGGCAUGGGCCUGCACAUGGGCGAGGAAAACCGCUACGACACCGAGACCGGCCGCAAGCUCACCGACUCCUCCUGGAACUACUACGUGCCGUCCAGCAAGGACAUCCCCACCGACUUCCGCGUGAAGCUCAUCAAGAAUAACGACAACCCCAUCGGAAUCUUCAACUCCAAAGGUAAACUUAGAUUCUCAUUUCCAUCUCAUUUUACUCUGGACUGUGCAUUUGUUAUGCAUUUUUCGGCCAUUUGUUAUCCAUAUUUUUACUGUAACUUCUACAGAAAUUUAACAAAUAUCAUUAUAAGUGACAGUUUAAAGAUCGUUCGUCUACAUUCGGCCUUACUUUAUCCUUAUCCUUAUGUUCGGCCUUAUGUAAUCCCCGCUCUGACAAGCCCCGCGCGCUGGCAGCCACCGGCGAGCCGCCCCUGUGCACCACCUACGCGGCCAUCAGCGCGCUCCGGCAGGCCGUGGCCGAGGCCAGGAAGGAUGCUGGACACACCGACUGGACACAGCUGGACGCUCCGGGCACGGUGGAGAAGGCGCAGACGGCCUGCCAGCUCAGCCCCGAAAUGUUUGUGAUCUCGUAACGGACUAGAGGUCACAAACGGCCGUCAGAAGGCGACCCGCGACAGAGACACAGACGACGUGUGACCGGAGAUCAAUGUCAUAUGCUGUGACUCAGGGCUGAUUGCGUCUUCCAGUGGUACUUUCAGAUCAAUUUGCAACACUUAUGCAAAUGGGAUACAAUGGGGGGCAUUAUCGCAAAUGAUGUGUGACAUAAUUGAUGAAGUGUUGAUACGUACGCCAGAUGAUAGAAGAUGAAAAUAUUCGGGAUACGAUGGACGUACGUUGAAGGAUUCGGUGUUUAGUGAUUUAUUGUUCAGCGCUACAUAUUAUACAUAUUUUUGUUUACAAAAUAUAGAUAAGCGUCCCGUAGAUUUGUGUGUGUUUUUUUCAUCAAGAAAGACGCUGAAUCAUUGGAUGCUUCACAAAUACAAUGACUGUUGCUUACCAAACAUAUGAACUUGAAACAUGUAUCAGGUAUCUGCAUUUACAUACAUGCAUUAUUGCUGAAUCAAUACAGAUAAUAAAAGGCAAA